AUGGUUAAACAUAUUCCAGGAGCAGAAAUACAAACCGAGAAAAAUGGAAAAUUUCUCCAUAUUGAGGGAACAGAACCUGAGGUGAAGGAAUCGGUUGAAAGAGCAAAAUCCCUUUUAGAAGACUUACAAGUUAAGAAAACUGAAGAUGUUAGUGAAGGUUAUCACUACUUUUUUAAUAGAAAAGAAGUUCAGAUGUAUCUCACUGAUAUUUUUAUGCAAAAGGGACUUUUUGUCUUUAUAACCACCACCUCUGCUGUUGAUUCAUACAAGAUACAUGUUAUUGGCACUGAUGACAAGAGUGUAUGUAACGCAUGGAAAACUAUAAAAGCAACUAUAAAAGAGGAAUGCUAUUCUGUAGGGAUAAGCAAAAGACUGCAAGAGAAGUUAAGUCAAGUUGAGAAAGAUUUUCAAGGAAAAGCUAUGCUUGAAGGAAAUGAUGUUGGUUGUGACACACUAGAAAUCUUUUCAACAAGCGAUGUUCAUGAUAUAUUUUACAAAAAAAUCAUUGAGGUUAUUGAGUACAAUAAUGCUACAGAACAAUAUUGUGAAAAAACUCUUAAUGUUAGAAAGGAAAAGGUGGAAUUUAUAACUCCUUGGUUACAACAAAUUGCAGAAAAAUAUGAAGUACCAGUGAAAAGCAUUCGACAUAGACCAGACCUGUCUACUAUUAUCAUCACUGGAUCUAAGGAGUCAAACAAACAAAUAUCAGAAGAAUUAGUUGAAAAGUUCAAUUCUGUUAAUAUUAGUUGUGUUCUUCUAGAAGGAAAUGAUGCUGACUACUUUAAAAGUACCAAUGAGGACAAAACAAUUGCAAGGGAAAACAAUUGCAAUCUGAAAAUAACUGGAAGACAAACAAAGGCAGCAAGUUGUUAUGUUGAACAGGAUAACCAUGUCCUUGUUGAAAUUGUUUGUGCAAGAACUACAGACAUGGAGGUGGAUGUUAUAGUCUGUCCAACAAAUGAUUGUUUAUUUUCAAUCGGAGAAAUGGAUGAAGUGCUAAAAGAUGAUAAAGAACUGAUGGAAGCAGCCCAGAAGUAUUGUUCCUCUCAUAGCAAGAAAUUCAGUACUGGUGAAAUUCUCUUUGUGGAUGCCAGUCCUUCAUACAUGACCCAUACUGUAGCCUUGUGUGUAUUUUCAGAGAGAAAUUCAAAACAGGAUUCAUUGCAGUCCAUAAAAAUUGCUGUAGCAAAGAUUCUAGAAAAAUGCUCCAGUUUAGGGUUGCAGAGAAUUGCUUUACCCAUACAGAUAUUUGAAGACCAGCCAGUGCAGGAUCAAGCUCAGGCAUUAUACACAAGCGUGAAAUCUGCAAUUACAAACAAAACCUCUGUGAAUGAAAUUUACCUCUGUUUCUUAGAUCCAUGCAUAUUAGAUCUCUGUUGUUCUGAAGCAGCCUGUUUUUUCCACCCAAAUUAUGAAAGUUAUGACUGGAGUGCUUUAAAUGUCAGUUCCAACAUUAGCAGUGAUUUGAAAAAAGAGUGA